UCCCUUUUAAAGAAAUGCUAUCCUCUCUAUCUGAAGCCCCGUCUCACUUCUCAAUCUGUCUUGCCUGUUUCUAUGCAAAAUGGCAGUGACUGCGGCCGGCUCAGCAGCAACAAGCAGUGCUUCACUCUUUGCUUCUUCCCAGCAAAUUGUAUCUGCAACACGUUCUGCUUCAAGUAGUAAUACCAGCGUAUCUGUUGCAAGCACUUAUGUUUCCAACUGUAUGGGAGCUUCCUUGAGAAGAUGUUUUCCAGUUAAACGGAAGAUGGCUAAGAUUUCCAGAAUUGUUACAGCUGCUGCGUCAGUUGCAGCAAGCCCUGUAGAAGAAGUUACAGACUACAAACUCCCAACAUGGGCUGAAUUUGACCUUGGAAGAGCUCCAAUUUAUUGGAAAACUAUGAAUGGCCUUCCUCCAACUGCUGGAGAGAAACUAAAGGUUUUCUACAAUCCAGCUGCAAACAAGCUUGUUCCAAAUGAAGAAUUUGGCAUUGCAUUUAAUGGAGGUUUCAAUCAGCCAAUCAUGUGUGGUGGUCAGCCCAGGGCAAUGCUUCAGAAAGUUCGAGGCAAAGUUGAUCCACCGAUCUACACUAUCCAGAUAUGCAUCCCAAAGCAUGCUUUGAGUUUGAUUUUUUCAUUUACAAAUGGAACUGAGUGGGAUGGUCCAUACAGACUGCAAAUUCAAGUUCCAAGGCCAUGGAGGAAUAGACCUAUUGAAUUUUUCACUGAGGGCCUUGCACAGGAGCUGAGUAGAGAUGGUGCAUGCGAAAAAGCAAUCUUUCCAGAUACAAAUGUUGUUGCCACAAGAUGUGCUAUGAUCGGUAACUUAUCCGUGGAAGGAGGAGAUCGUUGCAAUCUCGAUUUUGUGGUUGGAUGCACUGAUCCUAGUUCUCCCUUAUUUAAUCCACUUGCUAAUGUGGACGAUGGCUCUUGCCCUCUUGACUCAGACUCAGAGGAUUAGCAGCAUACAUAUCGUGUCUGAUCCUGAUUACAGACGGGGUACCAAGUAUGGAGAAUGCCUUAUUAGCAGUGUUAGUAGAGAUCUCCAUUCAGUGUAUUAAUUCUCCUGAGUUUGUCACCUAUUGUUAGUUCGUGAAUCAGAGUGGUUUCUUCUCACCUUUUGCUUGUCAAUAUGGAACUGAUAAGCGAUCCCAAAUGCAUGCAGGCUUUUGUAUAGAUCCCACGGUAUAUUUAUAUUUGGAUUUUCUGAUGGCUUCUCAGAUCUACUUUUUGCACUA